AUGCCUCGAUCAUUCCUUGUCAAGAAGUAUUUCUCCAACAAGAAGCCAUACUACAGGGAGAGCCAACUUGAGAGUCAAACCGCUUUUGUCCCAGAAAGUUUUCCCCGAGCUGAACUUCCGACACAGAACAACAGCUCUGCGCUGACCUGUUACACCACCAGCCCACUCAUGAACACCCUGCCAGCACCCCUUUCCCCAGUCACUCCUGUGUCUCUACCUCCUUCUCCACUGGGCCCUCUGGACCUCAGCAGCUCUCCUUUCAGCAGCAGUGGCGAGGAAGAGGAGGAUGGUGGGCGUACUUCAGAUCCCCCCAGCCCGGAUGUCAUCCAGCACAUCUACCACUGCCUGCACUGCAGUAAGAGCUACACCAGUCUCUCAGCGCUGUCUCACCAUCAGACGUCCCACCACCAGUUCUCCCAUGGCACUGCACUGCAGCAGACACAGUCUCUGCCCACUGAGGCCUCGGCACGCCCAGCCUUCCAUUGCAAACACUGCCCUAAGGAGUACACCAGCCUGGGUGCCCUUAAGAUGCACAUCCGGUCACACACCCUGCCCUGUGUGUGCCCCACCUGUGGCAAGGCCUUCUCCAGACCAUGGCUGCUUCGAGGACACAUUCGCACACACACAGGUGAACGUCCCUUUGCUUGUCAGCACUGUAACCGGGCCUUUGCUGAUCGCUCUAACCUACGCGCACACCUGCAGACACACUCCGAAGUGAAGAAGUACCAGUGUGGCUCCUGCUCACGUACCUUCAGUCGCAUGUCCCUGCUGCACAAACACAAUGCCUCUGGAUGCUGCCCUGCCUCAUAGACUCACAUUCCCUGGACUGAAGCUGCCCCCCCCCCUGAUUAGUGCCAAAACACCCAGAGGACAUUUUGGGGAGAUGGUUGCCAGCUCAAAGCCAUGACAA